UAGGCGGGGUGGGGCCCCGCGGCCGGCGACAGUCCCCGGGACCCGCGGGCGGCUGACGGGCGGACGAUCGCGGGGCGGCCGGGCGGGGACCGGCCGGGCUGCCGCCAUGACAGCUCAGACCUACUGUGACCGUCUGCUCCAGGAUGCGCCUUUCCUGACAGGCCCCGGGCGCCUGAGUGAGCAGCAGGCGGACAGGAUCAUCCUGCAGCUGAACCGCUACUACCCCCAGAUUCUCAGCAACGAGGAGGCGGAGAAGUUCCGGAACCCCAGGGUGGCACUGCGCGUGCGGCUCUGUGACCUGCUGGGCCACCUGCAGCGUAGCGGGGAGCAGCACUGCCAGGAGUUCUACCGGGCCCUGUUCAUGCACGCGCAGCCCUUGCACGCCUGCCUGCCCAGCCGCCACGCCCUGGAGGACUCAGAGAGCACAGAGCUAGCCUGGGCGGCUGCCGGCCACGAGUUCAGUGACAGGGGGCCCGUGGCGUUCCUGGCCUGCCUGGGCUUGGCGGCAGGGCUGGCCCUGCUUCUCUACUGCAACCCUCCAGACUCUAAGGUGCUCCCAGGGACCCGGCGCAUCCUGGCCUUCUCCCCCAUCAUCCUGGACCGCCACGUCAGCCGCUUCCUGCUAGCCUUUCUCACAGACGACCUGGGGGGACUCUGACACCGCCUCCCCCCACCGCACACUCACCAAAGAGCCCCCGUGCCCGCUGGGGCCGCUGCUUUUCUACUCAUUGGUUUUCUACUAUUUAUCGUUUCUGCAAGAAGCACAUCACCCUCAUGUACAAAGGU